AUGAACUUGACACGAUUUGUAAUAAUUACUUCCUAUUUCCACACAGAUCAAGUAUUUUCAGUAUUCGCAGAUGUUGCCAUAAUAGGUAUUUAUGAUCCAUAUAAUGUUUCUUUCGAAGAUGAUUAUUUGAAGAUCAAUGGCACUGUUGAUGGGUUUUUCGCAUGUAAGAACAUUCCUUACGAUCCAAAUCAUCUUUCGAAAAAUUACUUUGCAUUAAUGCAUCUUCUUGAUGAUACGGCACCUGAAGGUUGUAAGCCUGUAAAAGUUAAAAGAAAUAUAAUUUAG